GUUUUAACCAAACAUAAUCAUGUGACGGGCUGUUCAACAACAGAAGCAGGAAGACGUAAACCUGCACGGGUCCAGUAUGACACCGGUCUUCCUGUGGUUUCUGGUGGCUGCUCCAGUGCUGCUGGGUGCUGGCAGCCCAGUUCAUGACUCUAACAAUGGGACCACUCCACUGGUGAUUUGGCAUGGGAUGGGUGACAACUGCUGUAAUCCUCUGAGCAUGGGGGCAAUAAAGAAGAUGAUAGAGGAGGAGAUUUCUGGUAUUUAUGUGCUCUCACUGAUGAUUGGGAAGAACGUCAUACAGGACACAGAAAAUGGGUUUUUCAUGGAUGUGAAUGACCAGGUGUCCAUGGUGUGCGCUCAGCUGGCUCAGGACCCUAAGUUGAAGGGAGGAUACAAUGCUAUGGGCUUCUCACAGGGGGCGCAAUUCCUGAGGGCUGUGGCUCAGCGCUGUCCAACUCCACCAAUGAAAACCCUGAUUUCAGUGGGUGGCCAACACCAAGGAGUUUACGGACUCCCCCGUUGUCCUGGAGAAAGCUCUGAACUCUGCGACAUGAUCCGUAAAGCUCUGAACAGCGGAGCCUACUCUGCUCUGGUCCAGAAACACCUGGUCCAGGCCCAGUACUGGCAUGACCCCCUGAACGACGACUUGUACAAGAAAUACAGCCUGUUUCUGGCCGACAUCAAUCAGGAGAGGGUCGUAAAUGAGACUUAUAAGAAGAAUCUUCAGUUGUUGGAGAAAUUCGUCAUGGUGAAGUUCCUGAAGGACACCGUGGUGGAUCCUGUUGAUAGUGAGUGGUUCGGCUUCUUGAAGACGGGCCAGGCCAAAGAGACCGAGACUCUACAGGAGAGUGUUCUCUACAAAGAGGAUCGUUUAGGCCUCGCUGCCAUGGACAAAGCUGGAAAGCUGGUUUUUCUGGCUUCGGACGGAGACCACCUCCAGUUCACCAGAGAGUGGUUCACCGCUAACCUUCUGCCUUAUCUGCGCUAGAGCUCCGACGAGCUGGAAUCAACAAGAUACCAGUUCAAUUACUCAAACGGAAGUAAUUCUGUCAAGAAAAGCAUGAGCAAUGGUUUUACCACUUAACCAACACUUCACAAGAGAUGCACAAGCAGUUUCCUUCAUUUUGCACUGAUCAUGUUUUUAUUUCUUGUUUUAAUUUUAAUGUCUGAAUAGUGAACACUGCUGUUUAUUCCAUCUUCUAAUACUGCAUAUACCUGUACUGUUAGGGUUUAAUCAAUGUGAGCUGUUCUUAAAAAGGUCAAAUUGUUUUGCAGCAAUAAAAGAUUUUAUUAAUGUUA